AUGAGGACCGUGGCGAGGCGUUGCUGGAAGCGAGGACCCCGGCGCACUUCUCCGCCACUCGAGCGGGGCCAGGAGUCGUUCAUGGCUGAAGACAUCCAGUUGGAAUUUAUGCCUGGCCAACCUUCUGAGAUGCCAGAUUGCAGGUCCACCUGCCACGCCCGCGCUGAAACGGAAGGGGAUUGCCGCGCUCUGAGGACGGGGCAGCCAGUUAAUGGUGGAUUGGUCAUCGCUGAGGGCAGAUGUGGGAGUUCAGCGCCGAAUGUGGCCACAGACCAGGAUCUUUGGGUCGACUUGUUGUGGUGUGGCUGGUGA